AUGCCCCGCGCCUUCCUGGUCAGGAGUUGGCGUCCACAGCCACCCAACUGGGGCCACCUGCCUGACCAGCUCCGGGGACAUGCCUAUGUCCCAGACUGCAGCAGGCUGGGGGGGCCACUGGCACACCAGUCUUCUGGCCUCCGGGACUCUUGGGCAGCGCCCUCCCAGGGCACACUGACUGCCACUCCUAGGGGCCCUGGGAUGCCUGGCUGCCCCCUCUGCCCCAGCUUCCCGUUGCAGCGGAUGCUGACCCGGCACCUCAAGUGCCACAGCCCUGCCCACCACCACGUGUGCCACUACUGUGGCAAGGGCUUUCACGACGCCUUUGACCUCAAGUGGCACGUGAGGACUCACAUGGGGAUCCGGCCAUUCCGCUGCGGAGCUUGCGGGAAAGCAUUCACGCAGCGCUGCUCACUUGAAGUGCAUCUUGCCAAGGCACACGGACAGCUGGCCAGCUACGCUUAUCGUGAGCGCCGUGAGAAGUUGCAUGUGUGUGAGGACUGCGGCUUCACCAGUUCGAGGCCUGACGCCUACGCGCAGCACCGCACCCUGCACCACGCUGCUUGA